GAUGUCCAGCGUUCUCCGCGAUGCCCAUGGCCGCGUGCCAGUGCCGAGCGGUCGCCGAAAGCAUCCCGGGGCGGACUUGGGCACCUUGGCAGCUUUUGCUUGCUUCUUCCGUCGAUUGCAAUCACAGCCGCAACACCAGCAACCUCUCACCUCCAUCCCAUCACCGGCCCUCUCUCCACUCAAUCACCCUCGACAAUGCUGGCACGGAGCUCUCAGCGGACGGCCCAGACCCUCCUGCGUGGUGCUAAGCCUGCCUCGCGCGCCUUCGCGACCGUCCAGAGCGACAUCUUCAAGCCCACCAAGUUCGGUGGCAAGUACACUGUCACUCUGAUCCCCGGUGACGGUGUCGGUGCCGAGGUGUCCGAGUCCGUCAAGCAGAUCUUCAAGGCCGACAAUGUGCCCAUUGAGUGGGAGCAGGUCGAUGUCUCCGGUAUGGAGACUGGCGACAAGCACUCCGAGGAGCUCUUCCGCGAGGCCAUUGCCUCGCUGAAGCGCAACAAGCUCGGUCUCAAGGGUAUCCUCCACACGCCCGUCGAGCGCUCCGGUCACCAGUCUUUCAACGUCGCCCUCCGCCAAGAGCUCGACAUCUACGCCUCGAUCGUCUUGAUCAAGAACAUCCCCGGCUACGACACCCGCCACAAGAACGUUGACCUGUGCAUCAUCCGUGAGAACACCGAGGGUGAGUACUCCGGCCUCGAGCACCAGUCCGUCAACGGCGUCGUCGAGUCCCUCAAGAUCAUCACCCGCGCCAAGUCCGAGCGCAUUGCCAAGUUCGCCUUCGCCUUCGCCCUGGCCAACAACAGGAAGAAGGUCACUGUCAUCCACAAGGCCAACAUCAUGAAGCUUGCCGACGGUCUCUUCAGGAACACCUUCAAGAAGGUCGCCGAGGACUACCCCACCCUGGAGACCAAUGACAUGAUUGUCGACAACGCCUCCAUGCAGUGUGUCUCUCGCCCGCAGCAGUUUGACGUCAUGGUUAUGCCCAACCUUUACGGCGGUAUCCUUUCCAACAUCGGCGCUGGUCUUGUUGGCGGUCCCGGUAUUGUCCCUGGUUGCAACAUGGGCCGUGAAGUGGCUGUCUUCGAGCCUGGUUGCCGUCACGUCGGUCUUGAUAUCAAGGGCAAGGACCAGGCCAACCCCACUGCUCUGAUCCUGUCCGGUUCCAUGCUUCUCCGUCACCUUGGUCUUGAUGACCACGCCAACCGUAUCUCCAAGGCCGUUUACGAUGUCAUUGCCGAGGGCAAGACUAGGACCCGUGACAUGGGUGGCAACGCCACCACCCAGGAGUACACCCGUGCUAUCCUCGGCAAGAUGGAGCAGGCUUAAAUACAAGGCUGUAACAAUAUUAGAUUUACUUAGAACCCAGGCAUUGGAGGCUGUGACAUAGGUGUAUUUCUAGCCGUACAUAGCACGCUUCAUUCAGAUUGAUAUCAUCCAGUUCAAUAUCCAC